AUGGGACACGACUAUAAUGUGAGAAGAGGAAGUCCUGAUCCGUUGGAGAGGGCUAUUUCCAAAAAUUAUUUGAAUGAAGCUGAGCUUGAAUCUGUGCUUAAGACCAUUGAGGCCUUCCCUCCAAUCGUUUUCGCCGAUGAGGCGAGGAGUUUGGAGGAAAAGCUUGCUGAUGCGGCGUUGGGGAAUGCUUUUCUGUUGCAAGGAGGGCUUUGUGCCGAGAGUUUCAAGGAGUUCAGUGCUAAUAAUAUUCGUGACACUUUCAAAAUUAUUCUUCAGAUGAGCGUUGUUCUCAUGUUUGGUGGACAAAUGCCUAUUAUUAAGGUGGGAAGAAUGGCGGGUCAGUUUGCCAAGCUGAGAUCAGAUCCAUUGGAGGAGAAGAAUGGAGUGAAGCUGUCAAGUUACAAGGGAGACAAUAUCAAUGGUGAUGCUUUUAAUGAGAAAUUGAGAAUUCCGGACCCUCAAAGGAUGAUAAGGGCUUAUUGCUUUGCUGCGGCAACUCUAAACCUUUCUUAG